AAAGUUGAAAAUGGUGAACCAGGACCAAACUGUGUCCAGCUGCUGUUGCACACUUCUCCUGAAGCUCAAAACAAAGAUGAGGAAGGGACUGAAAGUUUACGCUCAGACUCCAGUAAAACUGCAGAUCUGGAGCCAAUGAGACGACACGGUGACCACGAAGAUGCUGCUGUCCCGUCAGACAGCAACUGUAAAUCAAAGCUGACCAGGACCCACACGGGGAAGAAGGCGUUUUCUUGCAGCACUUGCAGGAAAGAGUUCAGUAAACGUAAUAUUUUAGUGGAUCACAUGAAGAUCCACACUGGUGAAAGGCCGUACCUGUGCAACACCUGCGGAAAAUCGUUUAGACAAUCAUCAACGCUCAAGAACCAUAAAAUGAUCCACACGGGCGAGAAGCCGUACCUGUGCAACACCUGCGGAAAGUCGUUUAGAAACUCAGCAACGCUCAAGGACCAUACAAUGAUCCACAGGGGCGAGAAGCCCUACAUCUGCAAAACAUGUGGAAAAAGUUACAGACUACGUUCCACCCUGGUGGUUCACUCGAGGAUCCACACCGGUGAAAGGCCGUACCUGUGCAACACUUGUGGAAAAACCUUUACUAAUUUAUCGGAUCUUAAACGCCACAUAGACACGCAUACGGGCAAGAAGCGGUAUUUGUGCAAGACGUGCAACAAAGGUUUUAGCCGCAGAAUUGGUUUGCUGAGUCACAUGAAAAUUCACCCGGAGGAGAAGUCUGGUGACUCGUGACAAAUGAAGCUCAUGUUGUCGUCCUCCGGGGGCAGCUGUCCACUCCUGUCUGACCCACAGAAGAAGAACCCGCAGAAGUCCAACCACCACCUCCUGUGGCUGAUGAGCCUAAUCCCCUCCCCACAAGGGUUGCAGGUUCAACCCGGAUUUAUGCUUCUCCGUCAACUUGACGCAGAGGGAACGAUGUGGUCGUGUACUUUUUUUUAAAGUUCUGCAUUGUGUUUGUUUGAAUCCCUGUUCCUUCUUAAAAUCGUUAUUUGUUGCUGUUGG